UAAAAGUGCAGAUAAAUGACUUCAACUUUGCGAAAGGAUGAAGAUGACUAUAUCACAUCAAUCAACUAUCAAAAACAGAAUAGUGAUGAAGAAGAAAGCUCUGGACAAUGUUCACCAGUGCUCGAGAAAUCGGAAAGUAAUAGAUCUGAUGGCAGCUCUGAACUAUCUGAUGCAAGCAGUGCCUUAUCUUCUAUUUCAGAUAAAAAGACUUACUUCGAAUCCAAAGUUUCAUAUCAACGAAGAGCAUUGUUGAGGAAAUAAUAUAUCUCUUCAGUUACGCCAAAUAGGAACAAAUAUCUGUCAGUUAUUGACCCCAAUUAUCUCUCUAUUAAUCAUUGUUUUGAUUAAAUCGAUUGCUAUUGAUAUAAUUUCUGCAUGGAACAAACUUCCAAUUUAUAGUGGGCUUCCCUAUGUUUUUAACAUUCCAAUUCAGCCUCUUGGACAGCUUGGAGUGGAAUUCAAUAUGUCAACUUGAGACCAGUGGUAUUUGUAUGGUUUUGGUGACGAUACAAGCCAAGAAACUAAAGACUUCUUUGGAUUUAAUGAUGGAACCCCUGUUUUCAACCCGGACUCGAAAGGCAUGCUUGAUGGUUAUACAAAUGUCCUUCAAACAGCCUGCCCAAAAACUGAAAAGGCCACUCCAAAUUUUGUUCAGAGAAAUAGUACAGACACAAAUAAUAUGUAUUUGGAAAAGGUUCUAAACCAUUUGAAUACAAUCAGGUUAAAUUUCAAGGAUAGAUCAGCAGAAGUUGAAGAUCUCGAGUUGCUUCCUGAUGGUGCUUACAAUAUUUAUGAGGCUAGUGAGACCAGAUUUAAGUAUAAUUUGCAGAUAAACGAUAACACCUUCAUACAAUACCAUAGGAAUAAUGGAGUAACUAAAAUAGGAGUACAAAAUCCACUCUCAAAUGAGACUAGCUUUUUCUUCAGAAGCAUUGAAGGUCAGAUUGCUGCAGCUGAUUUGGUCAACAAAGCUUAUAUUUCCAAGAUGUUCCCAAACACUCAUAUCUUCAGUGGAGUUCAAAUGAUGCCUAUAACCCCAGCUUUUGAUAAGGAAAUAAUGAGAAUGAUCAAUCUCAUGGGUGGAGCAUUAUUCCCGUUAUCUCUCUGAUUACUCCUUCCUGUAUUCAUCUGCAAUAUAGUCCUGGAGAAAGAAUUUAAACUCAUCGAAAUCAUGAAAAUGAAUGGUCUAAGGAUGCGAAAUUAUUGGAUUAUCACAUUUAUCUUCAACUUCAUUCUCUACUUCAUCACUUGCUUUGUGUUCAUCAUGUUCGGACGAUUUGCACUAGGAUUAACAUUCUUUUAUGAAACUAGCUAUCUUGUUCUGAUAAUAUUCUUAUUGGGAUGGGGAUUAUCUCAGAUAUCAUUGGGAUUUUUUUUCUCUGCAUUUUUGCGUACAGCCCAAACAGCCUCGAUGCUAGGAUAUUUAAUAUCCAUUUGGGUAACAUUAGUUGCGGUAUCUCUCAACAUUACUCUAUUUGCUCCUCCCCAAGAAGUAUCAUGGUGGCUUCUUCUCUAUCCAACCUUCCCUUACACUAGGUUUUUUUUCGAGAUAUCCACUGCCUGAGGUUGGUCUUCAUGAGUUCGAAGUUUUAACGACUUGAGUUCUGAGGCUACCAGAUGACUUUGGAUUCUGUAUGUGGAAGCCGCAGUGUUUAUGAUUCUUGCUUUCUACUUUCAACAAGUGGUCCCACAAGAUUAUGGAGUGCCCAAACAUCCAUUAUUUUGCUGUAGAGCUCUCAGAUGUAAAAAGAAAUUAUCUACAACAAGGGAAAAAAUUGAAUUUCUAAAUAGACAAGAAAGUGAUUUAAAAAACAUUGCUGAUGAUUCAGAAUUAACUCAGUUAGAGGAUGAUGAUGCAAAGAAGGAGAGAAAGACUGUGUAUGGACUCCCUGAGGAAGAUUAUUAUAAGUACCCAUUGAUUGUCAAAGACAUCAGGAAGGUAUAUCCAGGGAUAGGCGGAAGACCUCCCAAAGUUGCCACAAAGAAAUUUUGCCUUAGAAUUAAAAAGGGUGAAGUUUUUGGACUCUUGGGUCCCAAUGGAGCUGGUAAAACCACUCUAAUCUCCAUGCUGACCGGACUUUACAGACCAGAUUCAGGAAAUGCCUGGGUUGCUGGAUUUGAUAUUAAAAAUAAUUUGGAACAAAUCCAGCUUCAAAUGGGAGUGUGACCUCAAUUCGAUAUUCUCUGGCCUGAUCUUACUGUCCAAGAACACCUUUUAUUCUAUGCCAGACUCAAAGGGAUCUCUCCCAAAGAAGAAUCCAGCAUGGUUAAAGAAGCCAUGCAAGAUGUGUUCCUCGAGAAGUUCGCCAAGUUCAAAGUCAACCAGUUGUCUGGAGGAAUGAAAAGAAGGCUCUCCGUAGCCAUCAGCUUGGUUGGAGAUCCCAAGAUUGUGUAUCUCGAUGAGCCUUCGACAGGGCUAGACCCUGAGAACAGGAGGCAGCUGUGGGACAUUCUGAGCGAUAUCAAGGGCAAGAGAGCAUUGAUGAUCACAACUCACUCGAUGGAAGAAGCUGAUGUUCUGUGUCAACGUAUUGGUAUUGUUACAGAUGGUAUGCUCAGAUGUAUUGGACCUCAAGUAAGACUAAAAACUUUGUAUGGCGGAGGAUACCACUUGUUUGUGAAUUGACAUAAAUCUAAAUACUUGAGAGAAUUGAAGCGUGAAGCAAAACAGUGAGCGAAGGCUUCUAGUCAUAAUAUGACAAGAGAAGAAAGCAAAAUUAAAAUUGAAAUCAAUAAAACAUAUGACUUGAAUCAAAUCCAUUUAAGAUUAAAAGAAUUCAUCCAAGAAAUCGUUCCAAACAUAUAUCUAUUGCAAGAAUUUAAUGGCAACUUCACAUUCCAAAUUCCUCUUGAAGGCUUUGAUGCUGAAAAAUUAUUCUUAAAAAUGGAGAACAACAAAGAAGACCUAAUGAUUUCUGAUUGGGGAAUUUCUCAAUGUACUUUGGAUGAUGUAUUCACAAAGAUUUGCACUCCAAAAGAAAACUAACUAAAUUCUGUUCACUUUCUAUUUA